AUGCAGCCCCGCGGGAAUCUCGCCAGCCGACCGACCGGCCCCCUGACGGGCAGGCCGGGCAGGCGGGAUGCCGACAGGCCGGGCGGCCUGGGGCGCGCGGGUCCGCUGGGCGGCCGAGGCGCGGGCAGGCCCGGCUGGCCGUGCGCGGGCGCGAUGGCGGCCACCGCCGCGCCGAGGGGGAUCACGAUCGACGUGGACCACUGCGAGCUGCUUGGGCUGCACAACGACCAGGCAUAUCUGCACUCCCAAGUCACGUCUGCCUACGACCGGCUAAUCAGAGAGAAGCUCGAGGAUGGAUAUAGCGCCAAGGUGGCUGCUGGAAGGCAGCAACUCCUUGAGGAUGCAAGAGAGGAACUCCUCAAAUCUAAUGGGAAGGCUGCUGUUGAAGAUCCAGCCUGGCAGCAAUCUAAGGGCCUGAAUCUACCCCUGAACCUAGUGCCUGGGACGGUGGCCCAUCUUGUCCAGUUGGGCCGGAUGGACCUGGUGCUGAAGAUUGGGAACAAGAUGUUGAACACAAAGGAGGGUGCCAGCAUGAAACGGGAUCUGCUGCUCUCAAUGGCCCUUGCGAAGCUCGGCCAGGCCGAUGACCUAUUCUCAACAUCCAGUGAGGUGUCCACAGCAUGCGCUCGGAUGGAGGAAGCCCUGCAGUAUCUGGAGGAAGGAGGCAACCCUGCAUUGGCACCUGAACUGGCAAACGAGAUUCAGGAUGCCCUUGAGAAAUAUGUGCCCCAAUGUGUAUUGGACCAGCUCAGGUUGCCUCUAACUCCAGAGAAUGCCCAGGGUAGGAAACAGGCCCUACCGAUACUCCAGGAAUUGCUGGCGGUGCCUGACCAAAACAGCCCAAACAAGACGCCAGAGUUCUCUGUGGAUCGGCACUAUGUUAAGCAGGCUCUAGAGCUGCUGACAUCUGUAGAGGUGCUGGAGAUGACAGACUGGCCGAAGGUCCUCAGGGAACCAAAAUGUGUCCAGUGGUACUACCCAGGCGUCCUGCUGAGGGCAGCAGUUGCGCACAUCGUUGUUGGGUUUGUCCAAAAGAAACCGGCACCCCUGCAGACCAUAGAUGAAAUUCUCUCUUUGCCAGGCAAGAUACGAGAGGCGCAUGUCGAGCACGUCAUCUGCAAGGUACUUAUGGGGCAGGUGGAAAGUGCACUUUAUAUACUGGACAAUGUGGAGGGGACUGGCAAAGAUAUGGAGAACAGACAGUUUGGUGGUGAUCGUUCCUUUGAGGGUGGAUACUCACCAUCAGAGUCAGCUGCCGUUGGAGCAAAGGCAUUGCCUGCAAGAAAUGAGACACUGACGUUCGUCCGUCAGCACUCGCCUCAGGGAGACACAGACUUGCUGCCAGGGCUGUGCCUGUUUGCUGAGCGUUGGCUAUCCAAGGCUUUCCUCCAGUUCCGUGACACGAGUGCCCAGUUACCUGAUGCAUCCCUGGUCGCAUAUUUUAAAGACAACCGAUCGGUGGGGAGCUUGAGGGGCAAGAAACCCCAGCGAGCAGCUGCGACACAAGGAGGAAGUAUUGGAAUGCUCCCAUCCAAGGCUAACGAGUCCAUUGGAUCGAUGCCAGUUCCAGUGGCCAACAGAAUGCAGACAGACAGAAGAUUAGAGGCAGAGCAGCGUUGGAUUGCCCAAGGGCAGGGGCAGGUGGCAACCAUCCAUGAUGCGCAGACACGAGGAGCUGAUGCUGACAUUUACGCCCCUCCAGCAGAGACACUGCUAUUUGACGACAACAAAAGGCGCCGCCUGCCUGUCCUGGCUAUAUUAUCUGGUGGCGUUGCCCUGGGCGCUGCAAUAUAUUCGUUAUCCAACCGCGGCUUGCUGGACAUCGUAGCUGGGGCAUCCGCUCUCGAGUCGCCUAGCUAUGCAUUGACUGAGGAGCAGAAGACGACGCUGAGUGGCCAGCCGCUUGACACGCCCCUCGAAUCUACACAGGCAGAAAAGCUGAUCAAGAGAUGGCAGUACGCAAAGUCGCUCGCCCUGGGCCCGAGACACGACAGCCGUCUCCUGAGGACCGUCCUGGCGGAGCCCAUGCUGGGGGAGUGGGCCAACCAGGUGCAGGAUGUCUCGCAGCAGGGCUGGUUCUGGAAAUACAAGCUUGAUGGCUGCAGGGUGUCUGCGGUGGACACCACUCACUUCAGGGGUGGCGUCGGUCGACUCGGCGUCGUCGCGACCCUCAAGGAGUCGGCAUCAAUGUACGGGGCUGACGGGCGGCAGGCCGACAGGUAUAAGAGCACCUACGACGUGGAGUACAGCGUGAUUCUUGGGAGGGAUGGCCAGUGGAAGAUCAGCCGCGCCAACGUCCUCAGUCAAUGA